UAUCGCAUCAAGCCUACAGCUAAAAGGCCUUAUCACCAAUGAAGAGGGGUAUUUGAGGUUGGGCCCCAUAUCUUUCCUAAUGCAGAUAACGCAUACUAACCUCUGAUGUGGGGUUACAUCACGACCUACAAAAAAGCCCUAGAUCAUCUGCCCUAGGUAUUUAAGCAGCGAUGAAUGCUCGAUCAAUGACCACAGAUAUGUCCCUCAAAAUAUUUGGAUUUGAUUGACUUUAUAUCUACUCAAUUUCUUCGACACCAAAAUGGCUCUUACUGGGAAAGUAGCUCUCAUCACCGGCGGUGUGAAGAAUCUCGGAGCGCAAUGUGCACUCAAUUUGGCCUCCGUAGGCUCCAAUCUUGCUCUUCACUAUCACUCAUCCAGUGAUAAGAAGCAAGCUGCCGCACUGGAAGCCACACUCAAGGAAAAGUACCCUUCAAUCAAGGUUUCCUUCUACGAGGGAAAUCUUGUCUCUGCCGCUGCAGUGACCAAACUGUUCCAAGACGUUAUUCAUGACUUUGGUCAUGUUGACAUUGUGGUCAACACCAUCGGAAAGGUGUUGAAGAAGCCUAUCACGGAGAUUAGUGAGGAGGAAUACGACACGAUGUUCGAUGUGAACUCCAAAGUCGCCUUUUUUGUUCUCAAAGAAGCUGCUCGUAAUGUGACCGAUGGUGGAAAGAUUAUCACCAUUGUCACUGCGCUUCUGGGAGCGUUUACCGGCUACUAUACUUGUUACGCUGGUAGUAAAGCUCCUGUUGAGCACUUCACUCGGGGUGUUUGCAAGGAACUUCAGGCUCGGAGAAUCAGUGUGAACAAUAUCGCUCCGGGACCAAUGGAUACACCAUUCUUCUAUCCUCAGGAAUCCCCAGAGGCUGUAGAAUAUCACAAAUCGAAUGGCAUGGGUGGUCGUCUUACCAUGGUUGAGGACAUUGCUCCUGUCGUUCGCUUCCUUUGUACUGAUGGUGCUUGGAUUACUGGUCAGACAAUUUUUGCGAAUGGUGGAUAUACAACUCGCUGAUUACAUACUGCGAUUGAUGAGUUUUAUAUGUGUAUGUGUACAAAUCUGCACCUGGCAGUGAGUGAUAUGAUUCUGAUUUUGAAUCCAAGUGAUGAUAAAUUCC